AUGUUUACAUUCACUCCCUUGCUUGGCGCUCAGUCUUCGUCAUCGAAAGCUUCACAAUCGAUCUUAGAGCUUGAUGGUGGAAUCAAGAUCCUCGUGGACGUGGGUUGGGGUGAUACGUAUGAUCCGCUGGAUCUACAGGAGUUGGAAAAACAUGUACCUACUCUAUCCCUGAUUCUUCUAACACAUGCGACCCCCGCACACAUUGGUGCCUUUGCGCAUUGCUGCAAGACGUUCCCCCUUUUCACCCAGAUUCCCGUCUACGCCACCAGUCCGGUCAUUGCCCUUGGCCGCACGCUUCUCCAGGAUCUGUAUGCAUCGUCGCCACUAGCGGCGACCUUUUUGCCCAAAGCGUCGGUCUCGGAGCCCGGCGCUUCCACCUCCGCCGCAUCAGUCGCGGAAAGCGAAGGAGGCCUCGGUGCCAGUCAGGCGGGGCGAAUUCUCCUGCAGCCUCCAACGGCGGAGGAGAUUGCCAGGUAUUUUUCCUUUGUUCAUCCGCUGAAGUACUCGCAACCACAUGAGCCGCUCCCGUCGCCCUUCUCUCCACCGCUGAACGGCCUCACGAUGACUGCCUACAACGCUGGACAUACGGUGGGGGGCACCAUCUGGCAUAUCCAGCAUGGCAUGGAGUCGAUUGUGUAUGCGGUCGAUUGGAACCAGGCGCGUGAGAGCGUCGUGGCCGGUGCCGCAUGGUUUGGGGGGUCCGGGGCCAGUGGGACAGAGGUGAUCGAACAGUUGCGCAAACCCACCGCGUUGGUCUGCAGCACGAGGGGCGGCGAUACGUUCGCUUUGCCUGGAGGCCGCAAGAAGCGUGAUGACCUCCUACUCGAUAUGAUCCGAAGUACCCUCGCCAAAGGGGGCACGGUGCUGAUUCCCUCCGACACCAGUGCCCGUGUGCUGGAACUGGCCUAUGCGUUGGAACAUGCGUGGCGCGAUGGCCAUGAGCCGGACCAGAGCAGCGCACUACAGGGCGCGGGACUGUAUCUGGCUGGCCGAAAGGCCAACACGACGAUGAGGCUGGCACGGAGCAUGCUGGAGUGGAUGGACGAAAACAUUGUGCGCGAGUUUGAAGCGGCCGAGGGGGUCGACGCGACAACGGGCCAGUCCCGAUCUACCGGCGAUGGCCCGCGGUCAGGCGGGACGGGUAGUGGGAAGGGAGAAGAGAAGAGAACCGGUCCUUUUACGUUCAAAUAUCUGAAGAUUGUGGAGCGAAAGAAACGACUGGAGAAGAUCCUGCAAGACCCCACACCGAAGGUGGUGCUGGCUUCGGAUACAUCGCUUGACUGGGGCUUCGCGAAGGACUCGCUUCGUCUGGUGGCCGAGGGCCCGAACAACUUGCUGCUGCUCACGGAGCCGCUUCAUAGAGAACGGUUGUCCACAGAUCGUGAGGAGCCUCGGCGCAAGACUCUGGGGAGCAUGAUCUGGGAAUGGUAUGAAGAGCGGAAAGACGGGGUGGCCUUGGAGAAGACCUCGGAUGGCGAGACGAUCGAGCAGGUGCACAGCGGAGGCCGGGAGCUCUCCUGGACAGACGUGCAGCGGGCGCCACUUGACCCGGGGGAGCAGCUGCUCUACCAGCAAUAUCUCGCGACAAAACGACAACUGCAGGAUACCUCGCAGGCGCGGGGCCAAGAGACGCUGGACAAUGGCGCGGACGCGCUGGAUGAUCGGUCCAGCUCCACGUCGGAGGACUCGGAGGAGGAACAGCAGGGACGAGUGUUGAAUUUCUCCACGUCGCUGGCGCAUGCGAAUCGCAACAAGCUGGGCCUGAGCGACGAGGAUCUGGGGAUCAAUAUCCUCCUGCGACGGAAGAAUGUGUACGACUACGACGUUCGCGGCAAAAAGGGGCGCGAGCGGAUGUUCCCCUACGUGGCCCCGCGGAAGAAGGGUGACGAGUAUGGUGAAUUUAUUCGACCGGAGGAAUACCUGCGCGCGGAGGAGCGCGAGGAGGCCGACAUGCAACUGCGGCGGUCCGAAUCCCAGACCAAGCUGGGUCAGAAGCGGCGAUGGGACGAGACGGGGCCCGGCGGAGGCGCCAAACGGGCGACCGCGGGGGAAGCGGAUGGCACGCCACGAACGGGAGGGCUCAAUGCGGGCGAUGGGAGGCGCAUGACGGAGAGCGAGGGUGACGAUAACGAGGGAGACGACGACGGCGAUGCCGAUGCAGGCGGCACGGAGGGCGAGGCCGGCUUCGAAGGGCCGGCAAAGGCGGUCUACGAGAAAGCGACACUUACAGUACAGGCACGAAUUGGGUUUGUGGAUUUCACGGGAGUGCAUGACAAGCGCAGCCUGGAGAUGCUGAUCCCGCUCAUCCAGCCGCGGAAGUUGAUCCUGGUGGGCGGGAUGAAGGAGGAGACGACGGCACUGGCGACGGAAUGCCGGAAACUGCUCACGGGCAAGGAAGGGUCAAUAACGGAAGACUCAGCGGUGAUCUACACGCCAAGCAAUGGUGAGACGAUCGAUGCCAGUGUGGACACCAACGCGUGGAUGGUUCAACUCAGCCACCCACUGGUGCGGCGGUUGAAAUGGCAACACGUUCGCAGUCUCGGUGUGGUGACGCUAACGGGGCAGUUACGGGGGCUGCGCACGAAGGAUGCAGAGGAGAAUGAGGAGGAGGGAGCCACACCUGCGAAGAAGCCGAAGCUUAUGGCGGAGGCGGAGGAAGCGACGAAGGUCGUCGACGACGCGACGACGAUGCAGCAUCCGCUGCUAGACGUACUUCCAGCCAACAUGGCGGCAGGGACGCGGUCCAUGACACGACCACUGCACGUCGGGGACCUCCGGCUGGCGGACCUCCGCAAGAUCAUGCAGGGGGCAGGACACAAGGCAGAGUUCCGGGGCGAGGGCACGCUGCUGAUCGAUGGGAUGGUAGCGGUGCGCAAGUCUGGGACGGGGAAGAUCGAGAUGGAAGCGGCAGUGCAGCCGUCGCGAGGAGGGAGUUUUCUAGCGGUGAAACGGAAGAUCUACGAGGGACUGGCUGUGGUGGGGAGUUAA